UGAGGAGCAAGGAGGAGAAUCUUAGCGCGUCAGUUAAGCUGUCAGUUAAAGAAAACAAGGUGGUGUCAGGAUAGAGAUGAGUGAUUUCGAAGGGUUCAGAAUCGAGGACAUGAUUAAUGUGAAACCGCUGAGAGGAGGUAAACCAGCUGACGUUUCACUGCACACUGAUAAACUUCAAAACCUCGAGCCUGAUACGGUUCCGUGCACUUUAUUAUCAGGUGGACAAAUGCACGAGCCAAAGGUUGAACAACUGAUCGGAAAACUCGGGAGGCUUAAACAGGGGAAAAUAGCCCUGGAAAAAGAAAUUGUCAAGAUCAAGUCAGUCAGUGACUCACUGGAGAAGGAGCUGGAAAACUUACAAACUAAAGUCUUCCAACUGGAGGCAAUCUACAAAGAAAAGGAAGAGGUGUGCAAUAAGCUGCAGUUUCAGUGUGAAGAGUCUGAGCAGGACGCUGCCAGACAUUUACAACUGAAUAAGAAAAGUGAGGAGCUGCUGGAGCAGUAUAGAUAUGAAAUCCAGGAUCUCAAGCUUAAACACCGGAAACUGCGGAUGAGAUUUGAAAACCUGCUUCAUCAACUGAUAGACCAGCACAAGAAUCUGCACUAUGUCUUUACUCCAGAGAGACUCCCAGAUGAAUUAAAGAGUGUUGAGAAUACAAAGAGCCAGCUGUUGGCAGCUGAAAAGCUAAAGCUCACUCAGCUGCACAACCUCGAUGAGGAGCUGGAAGAGAUGAAGAACCAGAAGCAGGCUCAGGCAGCAGCUGCAGAGACUCAGGAGUAAAUUUGCUCUGAUUUAAAGAAUCAGAGGUAUAUGCUGUGAUUACACAUCUGUCUCGUCAGCUUCAUCAGCCGGAAUCCUGCAAACUAAGUGAUUAUUUAUACCCCUGACAUCCAGCUGAGAUAUCUGACCACAGAAUUCUGGGUAUUUCUGAUGUUUUUUUCUCAUAUCAUAUAAUAUAUGUUCUGUACGGAUAAAUUCUGGUUGAUCUCUUAGUGUUUUUCACAUAGAGACAUGCUAUAUACUGUCAUCUGUUUGAUACUAGGUUAUUUAUUGUGUUCAUAUAUUUAAAAACUAUAAAGGCUGUUUGAAUUGUUGUAACAUUGUUUUCAUCACUCUGAAAUCCUAGCAGUACCACAACCUUUCCCUGCAGUUUACAUGCACACUUGCUGUGUACAUAAAUAUAUUCAUGUUUAUGCACAGAGACACAGUCGCGUUCAAUUUUAAAAGAGAUUUAAUGCAAGAGUUUGUUGCAGUAUUUCAAAGAAAAUGUAAUACUAUCUGAGGUUUAAAAAAGAACACAUUAAACCUGUGCAACAAUGACUUCCCCGAAUUAAUGCCAAUUGCUUUUUCUUUUUACUUCUUUUUUCUAUUUUACAGACAAACCACAUUCUCACAUUUCAAUUAAAAUAAUCCAAAAUAAACACAAGAGCGCAGUGAGGGUGAUCACAAUCUAGUUCAUCACUUAAAAUAUAAACAAUCCCCCCUUUUUUAACAUAAACAUUUACAGCAUAAUCUUGUGUAGAAAACAAGUGUCACCCCACCCUCACCCAGAAGUGUCUUUACAGCCAUACAACAUAUACUUUAAUCUUUUUUUGACGUACUCUGCAUAAACACAGUGAACCGUAAGUGGUUUGAUGCCCUGUUGAGCUAUCAGGCAGCACGGGGCCAGUAAGUCUUUGGUUUAAUAGUUUGUGCCGACCAACAAAGGAGAUAGGAAUCCUGUGCAGGGCGUAGGUCUCAGGAGUUAAAUGAGUUAUGUAAGGAAGCGUGGUGCUGCUCCAGUACUGUGUAAUAUACCUGUUCUUUCUUGUAUACCUUCUUGUAGAGGUAAUUCUUGAUUUAAAAUUUCAAGAAGGAAAACGGAGGUCAGUUUUUUGUUUUAUUAUUAACUCUGAUUCAGGCCAACUGGAAAUCUUGCAUAUUUAUUUACGCUACAUGAGGCGAACACUAAUACACAUAAACACCACUCCCCUUUCCAUGGAAGCGGCUAGGUCUCCUAGGAAUUGUUAUUUAUUUAUUUUCAACCCUGAGAAGUGGGUGUAUGACUUAUUAGAAAGAAGUCGAGUGUGUUACGUUCACCACAGCCGCUACCAUCCAUCCAAACUGUAGUCCCCCAACAUUUUCACCUUCUGAUUCAGUUUUUUCCUCCCACACUUUUCACACUAAAAUCUCACUGACUCUACCCUCUGAUCUCACUCUUCUCUACCCUUUACUCUUCAUCAGCUGUCUUUUUAUUCCUAUGUUUUGGUUAUUUGUCCAGGUUAAUAAU